UCUGUCUCAAGUCUCUAGUUUGUAGCAGAACAGAAUAGCUGAGAGAGAAGAAGUGGUAGCAAUGAUGGGGGUAAGCCGGAGACAAAACGUCCAGUCUCGGGUGGGAAUUGCAAUAGCCAUUGGAGUCAUUCUGGGUUGUGUUUUCGCCUUGUGCUUCCCUAAUGGCUUCAUCUCCAUUUCCAAUCCCGCCCCUAUUCUCAAUCGCCGCUUCGCCAAAUCCAUUGCCCAGGUUGGUUCUACCCUGUGUGAAUCAUCUGAACGGCUCAACAUGCUGAAAUCGGAGUUUGUUGCGGCGUCAGAGGAGAAUUCCGAGUUGAAAAAGAAGGUUAGGGAACUGACAGAGAAGUUUCGGUUGGCUGAACAAAGGAAAGAUCAGGCUGAAAAGCAAGUUCUUGUCUUGGGUGAUCAGAAGAAAGCUGGGCCUUUUGGUACUGUCAAAGGCUUAAGAACCAACCCCUCUGUUGUUCCUGAUGAAUCUGUGAAUCCAAGAUUGGCAAAGGUUUUGGAGAAAGUUGCUGUCAAUAAAGAGAUCAUAGUUGCUCUUGCAAACUCAAAUGUGAAGGAGAUGUUGGAGGUAUGGUUCACUAAUAUUAAAAGAGUGGGCAUACCCAAUUAUCUGGUUGUUGCUUUGGAUGAAGAAAUUGCCAGAUACUGUGAAGCAAAUAAUGUGCCAGUAUAUAAGAGAGACCCAGAUAAAGGCAUUGAUUCUGUUGCCAGAACGGGGGGGAACCAUGCUGUCUCUGGUUUGAAAUUUCAUAUCUUGAGGGAGUUUUUGCAGCUGGGAUAUAGUGUCCUUCUGUCAGAUGUUGAUAUUGUGUACCUGCAAAACCCUUUUAACCAUCUCUAUCGUGAUUCCGAUGUGGAGUCCAUGACGGAUGGACAUAAUAAUAAUACUGCUUAUGGCUUCAAUGAUGUCUUUGAUGAACCAAAGAUGGGUUGGGCUCGAUAUGCUCAUACAAUGCGUAUGUGGGUUUAUAACUCUGGCUUCUUCUACAUUCGACCAACAAUUCCUUCAAUUGAACUGUUGGAUCGGGUGGCUGGUCGGCUUUCUAAGCAGCCAAACUCUUGGGACCAGGCAGUUUUCAAUGAGGAACUCUUUUUCCCUUCUCAUCCUGGGUAUGAUGGCCUUCAUGCGUCGAGGAGAACUAUGGAUUUCUAUCUCUUUAUGAAUAGCAAGGUCCUGUUUAAGACUGUGAGGAAAGAUGAUAAUCUAAGCAAGUUGAAGCCGGUAAUUGUUCAUGUCAAUUACCAUCCUGAUAAACUUCCACGCAUGCUAGCAGUUGUGGAAUUUUACGUUAACGGGAAGCAGGAUGCCCUGAAAUCUUUUCCUGAUGGCUCAGAGUAGUAAAGAUUCUUCUGAUUAUACAUUCAGGCAUUGGCCAAAAGACAACAUCAUACAUUCUGGCAUUUUGAUGCUAUGUGUUCCAAAGAAUUUUAAGGUAACUGUUUCAACAGCAUACAUGGACAAUCAACUCUUAAAGAAUUGUAAGGAAUGUUCUGAGACCAUAUCUGAUACGCCUUGUCUGGAUUUUGUUAAAUUUUGUUGCUUCUCUACCACUUUAACUAUACCUCUGUGCUGUUGCAUGAUUAUAGGUGCAUUUUACUUUUAUCAAGCUAUAUAAGUGACUUGUUUGCUUUCUAUCAUUGAUCAAUGUAAUUAGAAAUAGAACAUCUUGCUUUCACUUUCUUAUCCACUCAUCACUUGUAUCAAAGUUUGCAGUUGUUG